CACGGCCGUGGUGAGACGCAUGCUAACAAAGAUGCGCAGUUUGUUUCUGCUCACGACAUACCUUCAAGGCCGGGUUAAGAAUCAAGUCACGGUUCGUCUCCGGCAAACAAGGCCCUUGGGUUCUACGGCUGCCAAUCUGCCUCGUCGUCCUCCUGUUCGACUGCCAAACUCGACAACUCCCUUCAAGGCAGUCUGGGCGAGGUCAUGCCUCGCUGGUCAAGUUGGGAACCGGCGAGCCUCCUACUCCUCUACGAAGCCGGCCCAAGAUGGGAUAUCGCUCCCACCCAUAAUCAAAAACCAACAGCGACCGUCCACCCUUGCAAUACCGAUACACGAUACGUCUCCUGCGUCCAUUGGAAUCAACACCUGGGAUGGCUACGUGCAAAUAGUCGCGCCUGGCACACGCUUGCCGUGCAGCAGAUCGGUAAUGAUGGAGAGCAAAUUCGACCAUAUAGGGGAGGACAGGAUGCAGUUGUGCGGCUACCUGCCCGGACCACGCGUACGCGUGGAUCUAGUGGCGCUUUGGAUAUGCGGGAUCCGGAAGGAAAAGAAGGAAAAGACGAAGCUAAAGGCAACCGUGGCCCUGCGGGAAGACCUGUCUGGCACGUUCACAGCGCAUUUCACGCGCUACGAUGGAAAGGCGGCAGAGGCGUCUGUUAACUUUUGCACAGAAGAGAUACUCAUUAAGGGUGACGGUAAAGAUGCACUAUCGGUACAGUCUGGGAACUUCAUGGUUCUCGACGGAUGCCACAAAACCUGGACGCUCUUCUUCACCCGGGUCGUGACGCUACUUGGAGGCACUGCCCGACUCGCCGGCCGCAUUGCCGUCAUCCGAACCCCCAGAGCAAUGAUGCUCAUGCCCGUCUUCCCGGCUCUCGUCUUCCUGCGCAACGGGUCAAUCACCGCCUGGCCAGCGCACUCUGGCACUAGAAACUCACCAUCUCGGAACAGAGAAGGGGAAACGGCCUUCAUGCUUCAAGGCAUCAGCAACGGGAAUUUAAAAGCCAGGCGUGCCCGCAUUUGGACGCGUCGCCUGUGUGUACAACCAUCACCUCGUUGGCGGGGGCGCGUUCUGGGUGGACACUACGAGCUCAACGUCGUACUGAUGACGGCUCAGACCUGCAUGAAGCACUACGUGCGGAAUGACGAAGACGAUUGGCAAUUGUGGUCGCUGCCCUGA